AUGGCUAAGGAAUCAAUAGUUUUGUUUAUAUUAAUCGCCGCUUGUGUGUGUUUCCCUAUGGACAAAGAACUACCGAUAACCAAUUCAAUUGUGGUACACCCCGCAGGGCAUCACUUUGCCAAGGACUUGGAAACUGCCGAAUCAAACAACUAUUAUCCCCCUCCGCAACCUCCUCAUCACAAUAAUUAUCGCCCCCCUCCUCCCCCUCCCCCUCCCCCACAUCAUCAUCAGCACUAUCGUCCUCCUCCGCCUCCUCCUCCGCAUCACCAUCAUCAGUAUCCUCCACCUCCUCCUCCGUCACAUCAUCAUAAUCAAUACCCACCGCCUCCGCCUCCGCACCAUCAUCAUAAUCAGUACCAACCACAACCGCCGCCUCCACAUCACCAUCACCAUCACCAAGGGCACGAUGGGUCUUACAUACCCUUUCUACUCGGUGCAUUAUUUGUACUGCGCUUGAGCUGUUUGGAGACUGCUGAAUCGGCAAAUCCUCCACCUGUUCCGCCAGUACCGCCAGUACCACCGGUGCCACCAGUGCCUCCAGUCCCACCUGUUCCGCGCACACCGGACACACCCCAUUCAUCUUCAGGUUCUGGUAUUAUUAGGCAGGUAGCUUUACUGCUCAGUGCAUUAAUCAUACUGAGCUUUAACUAUCCAGCCCAUGCAGCAACCAGCAAUAACAAUGCACAAACGGUAGUUGAUAACACUGGAUGGGAUUUAGAGACUGCCGAAUCGGCAGAUCCUCCACCUGUACCACCUGUUCCGCCGGUGCCACCACUUCCACCUAUUCCGAAUCCACCUGUUCCUCCGGUACCACCCGUUCCACCGAUUCCACCCGUUCCACCGGUUCCACCAUCUUCAUCAUCAAGUUCAGGCUCAGGGAUCGAAAUCACCAUCGGUGACGUCACCAAAACUUGCUGCAUUUUCAUCUCGGACAACACUGAACUCAACGUUCUGGAAGUCGGACUAUGA